AUGAUCUCCAACAGUGGAAUGUUGGUCCUUAUCUGGUUCCUUCUUCUUCUGAUAUCUUACGUGGUCAUCCUGGUGAUGCUGAGGUCCCACUCAGGGCAGGCAAGGAAGAAGGCAGCUUCCACCUGCACCACUCACAUCAUUGUGGUGUCUAUGAUCUUCAUUCCCUGUAUCUCUGUCUACUCCCGGCCCUUCACCCCCUUCCCCAUGGACAAGGCCGUGUCCAUCAGCUACACAGUCAUCACCCCCAUGCUCAACCCCAUGAUCUACACACUGAGGAAUCGGGAGAUGCAGGCAGCCAUGAAGAGAUUAGGCAAGCACCUUGUGAUAUGUAAAUCAGCUGCAAAAAACACCAAGAAACCCUUCCUGGAAAGAGGAGAGAUUAAACAAGUAGACAUAGACUGGACGGUAUAUGGGGAAGAUACCGAGGAGGAGCCAAAAAACCUCACGUGGGUAUCAGAGUUUGUCUUUUUGGGGUUCUCAGAGACUCGAGAGCUCCAGCUUUUCCUGUUUCUGGUGUUCCUGUGUGUCUACACCACUACUCUCGUGGGAAACCUCCUCAUCAUGGUCACAGUGACUUCAGACACCCGGCUCCACACACCCAUGUACUUCCUGCUCCAAAAUCUGGCUGUCUCAGACCUCUGUUUCUCCUCUGUCACUGCCCCAAAGAUGCUGGUGGACUUCCUCUCUGAAAAGAAGACCAUCUCCUACCAGGGCUGCAUGGCCCAGAUCUUCUGCAUUCAUCUUCUUGGUGGCGCGACUGUCUUCUUCCUCUCGGUGAUGGCCUUUGACCGCUACAUAGCCAUCUCCCGGCCCCUCCACUAUGUCACCAUCAUGAACACUCAGUUGUGUGUGGGGCUGGUGGUGGCUGCUUGGGUAGGGGGAUUUGUUCACUCCAUUGUCCAGCUGGCUCUGAUGCUCCCAUUGCCUUUUUGUGGCCCCAACGUCCUGGAUAAUUUCUACUGUGAUGUCCCACAAGUGCUGAGACUUGCCUGCACUGACACCUCCCUCCUGGA